CCCUGGCAAAGUAGCUGCCAAGAUUGUGAAGAAAAUGACGAUUUUCUAAGUCACUGAUUGUUGGCUUCUUUUGGACAACCCUGCUUCAGUGCUGAGAAACCCAACUGCAAAUUAAAGGCUUGUUCAUGUAUCUUAGUAUCCAGCAUAACAUAAAAAUUCUUACUAUUAGGAGGCUUACCAGUUGACUAUUGAAAUAGCAAGGUGGAGAAGUUGAAUUGCAAGCUACUCAAAACAAAUCCAGUCAGACCAGCUCUCUAAUCUAUUUUGCCGCUCUCUCUGGUGUUUCAGUCAGUUGCAGCUUUACUGCCGCAUGACUGAGCUUCUCAAUCGUCCUUUCUUAGCAUGUUUUCAGUAUUCACUGUAUUGCCUUCUCCUUAGGCCAUUUGUUGAGGCCCGUGCAGCUCACCAUGGUAUCAGCAUGUAUGAGGAAAUUGGCUUUGUAGUUGAUGCACAGGGAGAGUACAAGAGCAGGCCAUCAAUCCACAUGGAUGCUUUCAGAUGGGUCAAAAGAGAUAGUUACCUUCCUGUUGGCAGUCAAAACCUGAAAGCUACUACUAAAGCCAAGCUAAGGUAUGAUCCCAUUGAACUGGAUCCUGAGGACAUGUGUCGCAUGGCUAGUGAACAACCCCAGGAACUGGCUAAUUACUCAGUAUCUGAUGCUGUUGCCACUUACUACCUUUACAUGAAGUAUGUCCACCCAUUCAUCUUUGCACUGUGCACCAUUAUUCCAAUGGAACCAGAUGAGGUUCUUAGAAAAGGAUCAGGAACUUUGUGUGAAGCUCUUCUAAUGGUACAAGCCUUCCAUGCAAACAUCAUCUAUCCCAACAAACAGGAACAGGUGUUUAACAAGCUGACUAAUGAUGGCCAUGUUCUGGACUCUGAGACAUAUGUUGGAGGUCAUGUGGAAGCUCUGGAGUCUGGUGUCUUCAGAAGUGACAUCCCUUGUAGAUUCCGACUGGUUCCAGAUGCUUUUCAGAAACUGAUUGAUAAUGUGGAAAAUACUAUGCGACAUGCAAUUGUUGAGGAAGAACAUAUUCCAAUGGAGACUGUUACAAAUUUUGAUGAGGUUAGCCACGUGUUAACUUAAACACUGAAUUUGUGAACUAAUUAAUCAAAUUAUGAAGCAGUAACUAUGACCUUUGACCUCCUUGUUCCUGAAACAGUUACCAUGCAUCAUCAGGGCUGUCAUUAAGGGCUGUAACUUGUAACACCUGUUACUGCUGAGUAUGCUUGAUGGACCCUUGAUGCUAAGGGUGAACUGGCCUGUUGUUGAUGCACUUCACCCACAGACUAACAAGGUUACUACAGAUGUGAAGAUCAAGGCAACUGGUGA